GCGCUCGCACGCUUUGCGCCAUCGCUUGCAAUGCAAGCUCGCACGCUUCGCGCACCGAAGGUCGCGAAGCAAAGCAUGCGCUUCGCGCCUUUAGGUUCUUGCUACGCAAGCAAAAUACCCGAGCAAGCUUGCGAAGGUCCGUAAGGACGAGCGAGCGAAGAAAAAAGCAAGCGAUGGCGCCUUCGGUGCGAGCGCAAGCGAAGCAAACCACGGUUGGACGAGCGCAAGCGAAGCAAACCCACGAAGUGUGCGAGCUUGCGAAGAAAAAAGCAAGCGAAGGACGCGAAGUGUGCGAGCGAGCGAAGCUCGCGAAGGAGCUACAACCUGUUAUGUUAUAACAAGCGAAGUUCUUCGAACGAAGGCGCGUAGCGUUGCAUGCAUUGCAAAGCCGCGCGCGAAAGACAAAGUUGCUUUAAACUGUGCGAAACAUACUUGCUUGGAUUAUUAUGCGCGAAAUACAAGAAGUUGCGCCUGCACAUUCUUUCUAUUUAUGUUAUGUGCAUGCGCGAAAGACAAAAGCAAGCUUUGCUUGCGACACACGCGAAGCGGAGAAAAACCAAGUAAAACUUAUGUAUGUGCGAAGCAUUUAAAGAAAGCUAGUUGGAAGUUAAUGGUAGUAAACUAAAACAAAGAAGUCAAAAAAUGCCUCAAUUAGAUCAAUUUACCUAUUUUACACAAUUUGUUUGGUUAUGUAUUUUUUAUAUGACUUUUUAUAUUUUAUUAUAUAAUGAUGGAUUACCUAAAAUUAGUAGAAUCCUUAAACUACGAUCACAUUUAAUGUCGCAACAAAGUGGAGAGACUUCAUUAAGUAAGCAAGAUGUAGCCCUGGCGGACGUUGUUCUGCAAGCAGCUUUGAAAAGUAGUCUUUCUUAUUUGUAUUCGUCAGUUUCUGGAGCAUCGAAAUGGUGUAGUGCAAUGAUUAAUAGUUUAAAUGCUAAUCAAUUGAAACCUAUGAAUAAGUCCUAUCUUUGUUCUUUAGGUGAAAUCAGUGUCUCUCAAGCGAUUAAGGACACUGCUUUGGAAGCAAGUGCUCCUAUUACUUUGUAUUCAGGACCCAAAGAUAGUCUUAAGGGCUUGAAUGAAAUUUACAUCUUACGAGUACAAAGAUGUCUUUUAAGUAAUAUCAAAACAAAAAAAAAGAAAAAAUCAUGAUGCGUGAAUUUGCUUUUAUAGCUAUCU